UUCAAGAUCGACAUAAUUCUGCCUGAUGGGUACCCAUUUGAACCUCCAAAGAUGAAAUUUACCACAAAAGUCUGGCACCCCAAUAUAAGUAGUCAAAGUGGAGCAAUAUGCCUAGACAUCCUGAAAGACCAGUGGAGCCCAGCACUUACUCUAAAGACUGCGCUCCUUUCUAUACAAGCACUGCUCUCUGCUCCUGAACCAGAUGAUCCACAGGAUGCAGUGGUUGCAGAACAGUAUCUGAGAGAUCACAACACCUUUCUUGGCACUGCUCGGUACUGGACAGAUGCUUUUGCCAAACCCUCUCUCGGACUUGAUGAAAAGGUACACAGACUUGUGGAGAUGGGGUUCCCUGAAGCCCAGGUUAGGAGUACUCUGGAACUUGUAGAUGGAGAUGAAAACUCCGCUCUUGAAAGGCUUUGCUCGGGCUAGUUCCUUUACUGCUGCUAGAUAUGCAACCUAGAUGUGGGGGGAUAGAAACAAAAAAAAACAAAAAUAGAGAGAAAAGUGUUCGAUGAAUAUUGUAAGCAUUUGUAGCCCUUGGGUCUAAAAUUAUGUAGUCUUUUGCCCUUGCUCUCUCCUGCACCGAUCUAGGGGUGUAAACGAGCCGAGCCGAGCCCGAACUCACAUAUGCUCGAACUCGAGUUCGAAAAUAUUUUAUAUGCUCGAGUUCGGCUCGAGCUCGAUCGAGCUUAAAAUAUUGAAGCUCGAGUUCGACUCGAAAGCUUCAGUUGAGCUCGCGAGCCGCUCGAGAUUGACUCGAAAGCUUUGCCAUUUUAUCAAAAAUUGAUGAUGUACGACUUGCUUGGUGCUCAAUUGUUGCCAUGGAUAUGAGGUGUUUAUAGCUAGC